CAGUCCCACUGCUGCCGCCUCCUCUGCUCACAUCUCUUCCCGCCUUCACACUUCAGUGAGGAAGAAUAUGGAGGAUGAUCAUUGAUGUUUGAUAUUUGUAUGAAUUAAAAUACAUCCGGAGUUCAGCGGGUCUAUGCCAGACACUUCUAUUGAACGCAAUGAUGGGUCCAUGGAACGCCCUCCUCUACAUUGCAGUCACUGUCUGCCUAUUGAAGGUGUCCCUCCAAGGGGAACCCCAGCGGAGGCUGUACAAGGAUCUUAUGGCCAACUACAACCCACUAGAGAGGCCAGUGUUCAAUGACACCCACUCCCUCAUCGUCAACUUCAGCUUUAGUUUGAUGCAGAUCAUGGACGUGGAUGAGAAGAACCAGGUUUUAACAACCAACAUAUGGCUGCAGCUGUACUGGAAUGAUUAUUACCUGCAGUGGAAUCAGUCUGAGUACCCUGGGGUGGCCAAUGUGAGAUUCCCUGAUAGCCAAAUCUGGAAGCCAGACAUCCUGCUGUAUAACAGUGCCGACGAGAGAUUUGAUGCUACCUUCCAUACCAAUGUGUUGGUCAACUCCUCUGGGUCCUGCUCCUACUUGCCUCCAGGCAUCUUCAAGAGCACCUGCUACAUCGACGUGCGCUGGUUUCCCUUUGAUCUCCAGAGGUGUGACCUGAAAUUUGGCUCUUGGACCUAUGGGGGCUGGUCUCUGGACCUACAGAUGAUCGAGGCAGAUAUCACAGGUUACAUCCCCAACGGAGAGUGGGACCUAGUGGAGGUGCCGGGGCGCAGAAACGAGCGCUUCUACGACUGUUGCAAGGAGCCUUACCCUGAUGUAACCUUUACCGUGGUGAUGCGUAGACGUACCCUCUACUAUGGCCUCAACCUCCUCAUCCCAUGUGUUCUCAUCUCCACCUUGGCCCUGCUUGUCUUCCUACUGCCUGCAGACUCUGGGGAGAAGAUAUCACUGGGGAUAACAGUGCUGCUUUCACUGACCGUCUUCAUGUUGCUGGUGGCAGAGAUCAUGCCUGCAACCUCUGACUCAGUACCUCUAAUCGCUCAGUACUUUGCCACCACCAUGGUCAUUGUGGGUCUCUCUGUGAUCGCUACGGUUCUGGUCUUACAAUAUCACCAUCACGAUCCUGAUGGAAGCAAGAUGCCUAAGUGGACUCGGGUGAUUCUGCUCAACUGGUGCGCCUGGUUCCUGCGUAUGAAGCGGCCCGGUGAGGACCGUGUACGCCCGGCCUGCCACAACAAGCAUCCCCGUGGGAGCCUCACCAGCAUGGACCUGAACACCAGCGCCUCAGCCCCCCACUCCACCAACGGCAACAUGCUCUACAUCGGCCUGGAGAGCAUGCACUACACUACAGCUGCCACCUCCCCCGACUCCGGAGUGCUGUGCGGCCGUCUGGUGUGUGGUCGGGGGGAGGACGAGGUGCUCUUGCCCACGCGGCCCACCUCUUCGGCAGGGAGCCUGGAGCCCGAUCUGGCCAAGCUCCUGGAUGAGGUGCGCUACAUCGCCAAGCGUUUCCGCGACCAAGAUGAGGAUGAGUUGGUGUGCAACGAGUGGAAGUUUGCGGCUUCAGUUAUCGACCGGCUCUGUCUCAUGGCCUUCUCUCUCUUCACCAUCCUCUGCACCAUCGGUAUCCUCAUGUCGGCACCUAACUUUGUAGAAGCCAUUUCCAAAGACUUCUUUACCUGAGAGCUUGAAACGUUCACAUGCUUUAGCCAAUAAAUACACUACAUUGUUUUUGAAAUCUCACAUUACAAGACACAUACUUAUAUCAAAUGAUGUAAUAUUUGUCUGUGAUAUAGAGAGAGAAUACAUUAUGUCUGCAUAAAUAUUGAAUUUACAAGAUGUACAGUUUUUUCACAUUCAACUAUUUCCCUGCAGGAUGCUGCAGGAUGACAUCUGGUGGAAAAUCGUGUUGUAUGUAACUGGCUUAAAGGAAUCUAGGCCUUAGAUGUUACAGCCAACCAACACAGAAGAGUUAAUAGCCAUGCCUUGUAUAGCUUUAUAAAUACCAAGGUUACUUCAAUUGAAUCCAAUGUGUUUUUGUCCACUUCAGUAAUUGCUUAUUGGCUACCCUUUAUAACUCUCUCAGUUCAAAACGUUCCAAACUUUUUCUCUUAUGUGGUGUAAAGAAAAAUUGAUGGAUACCUUUGGGUUCAAGGUUUCUGUCAAAGUUAUUGUUGGUUUUGUGUUUGUAGAUCGUGUGGUGAUAUGUAGUGUGUCGUUUUCUGUGAUUUGAAAAUAUCCAUCACAAAAACACCUUUUUGAGUUUUGGCAACUUUAUUGCAUCAUCAUCAUCAUCAUCAUCAUCAUCAUUAUGUCUACAAGAACAAAAAACAAUACUCCAUCAGCAUUAUGUUUGCACCUGUAGAUUAAAAAAAACUAAAACUGAUUGAAUUGCCUUUUUGUUUAUUUACUGAUCAUUUCAAUACGUCGUAGUGCUUGGGUUUAUAAAGCAUCCCUAGAAGAUUUGUGACAGGUGCAGCAUGUCCUCCAUCAGCCUGGUCUCAUAGACUAGACGUAGCAUAGUCAAUAUAAAUCCGGGACUCUCAAAUGAGUAUAUGUUAUGUUUGGUAUGGUUACAUAAGACAGUGUCUUGGAUUUACGUAAAUAAUCAUAUGAAAUGCUCUAAGACCAGGUGGCCUCCAUUCAUGACAUUCUCACUAAAGUGUUUGUUACCACUUGUUUUUGUUGUUGUUUAUUAAACAGUUUUACUGUAGAUGCUGUACAUGGAGUUUGAGGACUGAUUAUGUCAGUACAUUCUCCCUCUCUAAAACACAUGAAUGGAAUUGAACCUGUUUUGAUUGAAGCUUCAUCUUCUUUUAUUCUAUGAUCAAGUAUCUGUGCCACAUACAGUAUAUGUUUUGUGGACUCUCACAAAUAAAUUUAUUUUUCUAGAUGUGAA